AUGGGUACCAGCAAGAACAUGCUGUGGUUAUUCCUCUUAAAUGCAGCACUCCUGGAUGCCACCUCAGAUAAACCACUUCAAACCUUUAACGAGGAUUCUUUCAAAAAAGCUAUACAUAAGAAACCUCUGAGAAAAUCUGUACAUCCGCCUUCAUCCUCACAAGCACCACUUGCUACUUUCUCUUCCUCCUCUACAGCUGCCAUAACCACGACCCCAGCCACCUUCACAACGUCCGCUCCUCCAGGUGCCUUCCUGCGCCUGGUGAACGGCAGGAACCGGUGUGAGGGGCGCGUGGAGAUUUACCACUACGGGGGCCAGGGCACCGUCUGCGAUGACGGCUGGGACAUGAAUGAUGCCCAGGUCGUCUGCCGCCAGCUGGGGUGCGGCUCUGCUGUUUCUGCAACAUCCAGUGCCCACUUUGGACAAGGCAGCGGCAAUAUCUACCUGGAUGAAGUGCGCUGCACGGGGAGCGAGUCCUCCCUCUUCCAGUGCAGACACAGUGGCUGGGGCGUCCACAACUGUGGCCACUCUGAAGAUGCUGGUGUUGUGUGCUCAGCUGCCAUAACCACGACCCCAGCCACCUUCACAACGUCCGCUCCUCCAGGUGCCUUCCUGCGCCUGGUGAACGGCACGAACCGGUGUGAGGGGCGCGUGGAGAUUUACCACUACGGGGGCCAGGGUACUGUCUGCGAUGAUGGCUGGGACAUGAAUGAUGCCCAGGUCGUCUGCCGCCAGCUGGGGUGCGGCUCUGCUGUUUCUGCAACAUCCAGUGCCCACUUUGGACAAGGCAGAGGCAAUAUCUACCUGGAUGAAGUGCGCUGCACGGGGAGCGAGUCCUCCCUCUUCCAGUGCAGACACAGUGGCUGGGGUGCCCAUGACUGUGGCCACAAGGAAGAUGCUGGUGUUGUGUGCUCAGGUACCGUGCCUCUUCCUUCCUUAAUAGUGGAACAUUUUCCAAAAGUGACAUUUUUUUCCCUGUCUCCUCCUCUCCAAGGUGCCUUCCUGCGCCUGGUGAACGGCAGGAACCGGUGUGAGGGGCGCGUGGAGAUUUACCACUACGGGGGCCAGGGCACCGUCUGCGAUGACGGCUGGGACAUGAAUGAUGCCCAGGUCGUCUGCCGCCAGCUGGGGUGCGGCUCUGCUGUUUCUGCAACAUCCAGUGCCCACUUUGGACAAGGCAGCGGCAAUAUCUACCUGGAUGAAGUGCGCUGCACGGGGAGCGAGUCCUCCCUCUUCCAGUGCAGACACAGUGGCUGGGGCGUCCACAACUGUGGCCACUCUGAAGAUGCUGGUGUUGUGUGCUCAGCUGCCAUAACCACGACCCCAGCCACCUUCACAACGUCCGCUCCUCCAGGUGCCUUCCUGCGCCUGGUGAACGGCACGAACCGGUGUGAGGGGCGCGUGGAGAUUUACCACUACGGGGGCCAGGGCACCGUCUGCGAUGAUGGCUGGGACAUGAAUGAUGCCCAGGUCGUCUGCCGCCAGCUGGGGUGCGGCUCUGCUGUUUCUGCAACAUCCAGUGCCCACUUUGGACAAGGCAGAGGCAAUAUCUACCUGGAUGAAGUGCGCUGCACGGGGAGCGAGUCCUCCCUCUUCCAGUGCAGACACAGUGGCUGGGGCGCCCAUGACUGUGGCCACAAGGAAGAUGCUGGUGUUGUGUGCUCAGGUACCGUGCCUCUUCCUUCCUUAAUAGUGGAACAUUUUCCAAAAGUGACAUUUUUUUCCAUGUCUCCUCCUCUCCAAGGUGCCUUCCUGCGCCUGGUGAACGGCAGGAACCGGUGUGAGGGGCGCGUGGAGAUUUACCACUACGGGGGCCAGGGCACCGUCUGCGAUGACGGCUGGGACAUGAAUGAUGCCCAGGUCGUCUGCCGCCAGCUGGGGUGCGGCUCUGCUGUUUCUGCAACAUCCAGUGCCCACUUUGGACAAGGCAGCGGCAAUAUCUACCUGGAUGAAGUGCGCUGCACGGGGAGCGAGUCCUCCCUCUUCCAGUGCAGACACAGUGGCUGGGGCGUCCACAACUGUGGCCACUCUGAAGAUGCUGGUGUUGUGUGCUCAGCUGCCAUAACCACGACCCCAGCCACCUUCACAACGUCCGCUCCUCCAGGUGCCUUCCUGCGCCUGGUGAACGGCACGAACCGGUGUGAGGGGCGCGUGGAGAUUUACCACUACGGGGGCCAGGGCACUGUCUGCGAUGACGGCUGGGACAUGAAUGAUGCCCAGGUCGUCUGCCGCCAGCUGGGGUGCGGCUCUGCUGUUUCUGCAACAUCCAGUGCCCACUUUGGACAAGGCAGAGGCAAUAUCUACCUGGAUGAAGUGCGCUGCACGGGGAGCGAGUCCUCCCUCUUCCAGUGCAGACACAGUGGCUGGGGUGCCCAUGACUGUGGCCACAAGGAAGAUGCUGGUGUUGUGUGCUCAGGUACCGUGCCUCUUCCUUCCUUAAUAGUGGAACAUUUUCCAAAAGUGACAUUUUUUUCCCUGUCUCCUCCUCUCCAAGGUGCCUUCCUGCGCCUGGUGAACGGCAGGAACCGGUGUGAGGGGCGCGUGGAGAUUUACCACUACGGGGGCCAGGGCACCGUCUGCGAUGACGGCUGGGACAUGAAUGAUGCCCAGGUCGUCUGCCGCCAGCUGGGGUGCGGCUCUGCUGUUUCUGCAACAUCCAGUGCCCACUUUGGACAAGGCAGCGGCAAUAUCUACCUGGAUGAAGUGCGCUGCACGGGGAGCGAGUCCUCCCUCUUCCAGUGCAGACACAGUGGCUGGGGCGUCCACAACUGUGGCCACUCUGAAGAUGCUGGUGUUGUGUGCUCAGGUACCGUGCCUCUCCUGCGCCUGGUGAACGGCAGGAACCGGUGUGAGGGGCGCGUGGAGAUUUACCACUACGGGGGCCAGGGCACCGUCUGCGAUGACGGCUGGGACAUGAAUGAUGCCCAGGUCGUCUGCCGCCAGCUGGGGUGCGGCUCUGCUGUUUCUGCAACAUCCAGUGCCCACUUUGGACAAGGCAGAGGCAAUAUCUACCUGGAUGAAGUGCGCUGCACGGGGAGCGAGUCCUCCCUCUUCCAGUGCAGACACAGUGGCUGGGGCAUCCAUGACUGUGGCCACAAAGAAGAUGCUGGUGUUGUGUGCUCAGCUGCCACAUCAGUGACCACUGUUCCCACUCCACCCCCAAGUACACCAGUUAUAAAAGAUAUUUGUGGUGGCUUACUUUUUAAUUCCUCUGGAACACUUCAGAGUCCUUCUUAUCCUUUGAAUUAUCCAGAGAACACAGAUUGUCUGUGGCAAAUACAAGUGACAAAUAAUUUCCGCAUUAUGCUCACAUUUAGAAGUAUUCAGUUGCAAGGAGGAUGCCAGAAUGACUAUAUUGAGAUCUAUGAUGGGCCACCCAAUACUUCUCCUCUGCUUGGAAGAAUUUGUUCUACUUCUGAUCUCACAUACACAUCAUCCUCAAACUUCAUGUCUGUUAGAUUUCACAGUGACUCCAGAUAUUCAAAUAGAGGGUUUCAUGCUGAGUAUCAGUCCUUUCCAGCAGACCAGAACAUCACCCUUGUGUGCUUGCCAACCUACAUGCGCGCAGUUGUAGACAGACACUACCUCCAGUCACAGGGCUACUCAGUCUGGAAAACCAGCUUGUCUGACUCUUGUAGACCAACAAUUACAUCAACUGAAGUUAUAUUUGACAUUCCAUACAACGGCUGUGGUACACGUAGACAGGGCAACAAUGAAACGAUCACCUACUCCAAUGUGAUAAAAGUGCCUGCUUCUGGUCACAUCAUCAAGAGGCAAAAGGACCUUCACUUGCAUAUCAACUGCAAAAUGCUCCAGAACACCUGGGUGCAAGUAAUGUACAUUGAUAAUGACAUCGUUGAUGUCAGUGAAACCCAGUAUGGCAGAUAUGACGUGAACUUGACAUUCUACAAUUCCUCAUCUUUUCUGUGGCCAGUGCAUGACUUUCCAUACUACGUUGACCUGAAUCAGAAUUUGUUCCUUCAAGCUUCUCUUCACAGCUCUGACCCAAAUCUGGUGGUGUUUGUGGACACAUGUGUGGCAUCACCUGAUCCUAGCAAUUUUAGAACACUGAAAUAUGAAUUGAUCAGACAUGGGUGUGUUAAGGAUCCUACCUACUCUUCUUACUAUUCACCACAGAACAACGUUGCUCGAUUUGCAUUUAAUGCUUUUUCGUUUCUUAAUCAAUACCCAUCAGUUUACCUGCAAUGUGAGCUGGUGGUGUGCAGGUUCAAUGACUAUUCUUCCCGCUGCUACCAAGGCUGUGUGAGCAGGUUCAAGAAGAAUGCAGGCUCUUCCCAGGAAAAAGUGAAUGUUGUUAUUGGACCUGUCCAGCUUUGGGAAGCUCACAAUAAGAACAGGAAUGUUGAGCUGGCCUCUGACAUCCAGGUGAAAGUGGAGUCUCAGAGCUCAGCACCUGCUGCCAGCUCCCACGUUCCUCUGACUGUGACCACCGUGGUGCUGGUAGCUGCUGUUCUCACAGUGGGAGGAUUUCUUUUGAAGCGUAAACUGCAGGAACCCAUCCCAUACCAGAUAAUGUGA